AUGUCGACGUGCAAACUCUGGGCAGCUGGCUCGAAUGCUCGGGGUCAACUAGCGUCGGGAGACGACGAAGACAGCCAUUCCUUUCGUCUCGCACGGUUCAGCGUUGAUGAAAAGGAGCAGGAGACGGUGCCGGGGGCAAUGGUUAGCAAAGUGGCGUGUGGAGCAAACCAUUCGCUCGUUCUCGUCGCGAAAAAUGGGUCAAAACCAGCUCUCUGGGGAGUUGGAGAUGGUUCAAUGGGCCAACUUGGACCAGGGUUAUCGUCUUCUACUGUCUUUAGGCCCAUCCAGCUCGGAGAGACAAAUUUGAUAGACGACAUCAUCUCAAUCCAGGCUGCUUGGGAGACGUCUUUCGUCGUACAAAGGGGAUCCAAAGUCGAUCAGAUCCUCGUCUUUGGCUCAAACGACUUUGGGCUCCAUGGAACGGGCGACGUGACGCACUCUUCGUCGUCGUUGUCCCAUCACGUCGGCAUCGUGGCUCUCAGCCACCUCUUUUCUCACAAAGUGCCUACACUACGCGUGGUGCAUCUCGCCACCGGCCCGCGAAACGCAUUUGCCGUGCUCGAAUACGAUACGCCCGUCGGACUCAUGCAAAUGCUCGUUGGAUGGGGCGCUGCACGACAUGGACAGCUCGAGAUACACAACCACAAUACCUCUUCGCGUCGUGGACCGCGCCAGGUUGCGCUCCCUCUGCGCAUCACGACCUGGACACGCCCAACGUCGGUGGUCGAUAUCUCCGUCGGAUCCCAGCAUGCGAUUGUUUUGACGAGUGACGGUGAACUGCUUCAGCUCGGUUCGGACGGCAAGUCGCAGCUGCCCGGCACCAUGGACUUUUCGUCGAUAAUACGCAUCGGCUGCACAUGGAACAACACGUUUGUACAGCGUGGGGUAUCUGCGAGCGAGGUUAUCAUCACGUCGUACGGCAAGAGUGCACACGGUCAAGCAGGGCGUGGAGAAGAUAAAGAGACCGCAGGUCACGUCUAUCUUCCACCCUUUCUCGAGAUCAGGCAACUAGUAUGUGGAAGUGAGCAUGUCCUGGUUCGUGCACAGCGAGAGACUAGUGGCAUAACUGAGCUCUGGGGCUGGGGUUGGAACGAACAUGGCAAUCUCGGUCUCGGUCAUACAGAGGAUACGCUCACACCGACACUGCUCAAGUCACCAUGCAUGACCGAGGACCAAUGCGGCAAGACAGAAGAUGCCAGUUGUACGUGUUGGCAAGGAGUGGGCGCUGUCUGGGCAGGGUAUGGAACGUCCUGGAUUAGUGCCAAUGGCUGA